AUGCCUCCGAAACGGACGACGAAGGCUGCCGUGGAUGUCACGCUUCCGGAUGACCUCUCAACGGACCCGAUCACCACGCUGUCUCCUGAUGGGGAUGGGGCUGAGAAGCAAGGAUCGGACAUCACGAUUAACGCUCCGUCAGCCACAAACAUUGCUGCUGGGAUCAUCAAGGAAUCGGCCACUACGGCUGCUGCUGUUGUUGGUGGAUCUAGGCUGACUGUGGAAGAGAAGAGUCAGGACAAUCAGGCUCCUACCACCGUGAAUGACGAGUUCCUGGAAGAUGAUGAGGAUGAAGAGCUGGAAAUCGACAUCGCCAAGGAAGAUGCUUUCCGUCUACGCUAUACUGCAAUCUUACUCAUUCCAAUGGUGCUUUCACAAGAGAUUAAGGCCAUCAUUGCUGCAGUCCGACUUCUAAUGACAAAAUACCAGAAGGCGAAUGCUCCGGUGAUCAAGUGCAUCUGGCAGCAUACGGAGGAUGCUACAUACCUUAAGGAGAAAGCAGCUCGUCCUCUUGCUAUUGAAGUGAUUUUCCGCCGUGUGCCUGCUAACAUUGUUCCAGAUGUUUUGAAGGACCUGCUCGUUCGCUUCAAGCUGAAGAUGCGUACGCAGUCGGCUUUCAAGGAAGGAGUUGGUUUCCACCGGGUUGCUCACCCACUCACCGGAGCUGAUACCGAUAUGUCAGAAGAGAAGUGGAAACCACUUGCUGGGAGGAAGCUGGACGCAGAGGCCGCGGCUGAGCUUGCGGCUGACUGGUCAGAGGCAGAGGUGAAGCAGGCUAUCAAAGCGCUCGCGGACGGCAAAUCCCCUGGGAAGGAUGGACUCCCUAAAGAGCUCUUUGAAAAGCAUUGGGACGUUCUUGGCAAGGAAUUUCUCCACAUGGCGCAAUCUUUCGCCGCUUCUGCAUCUAUUCCUGCAAGCAUCAAGGAAGCGGUUACCAUCCUGCUCCAUAAAAAAGGCGAGAAGGAGAACCAGGAUACCUACCGCCCAAUCACAUUACUGAAUUUUACGUACAAGGUGUUGGCGUGGGUGGUGGCGAAUAGGAUGAAACCGCACCUGCACAAGGUGAUUUCGGCUGAGCAGUAUGGUUUUAUACCCGGCAGGAGAAUUUCAGAUGCCAUCGGCGUGGUUGCUGACGUUAUUGAGGCGGCAAAAAAGGGUAAUGAAGACUGGUAUAUGUUGCUGGUGGACUUUCGCAAGGCUUUCGACUCGGUGUCCAGAAGUUUCCUCUUCAGCGCCCUCAAGGAAAUGGGCUUCCCGGAGAGAUUCGUUGGUUGGGUGGAAGGUCUGCACAAAGACACCAGAACGAGGCUGCUGAUUAAAGGAUGGCUGGGGGAAGCGGUGGAGGUAAAAUCCGGGACAAAGAAGUGCAAGUCGGUGAUCCUUCCGAUCGGCCACAACAUUGGGAGAAGACUGGGCACGCUGGGAGGUUUUAAAUGGGCUAAGGCGGAUGAGGCAGAGAGAGUCCUGGGCGUCUGGGUCACCCCCUCCGGAAGCAGUGAGCCGACCUGGAAGCGGGCUUUUGAAAAAAUAAUUGUGGAACUGAUAAAAUGGAAGGCGCUGUUCCUCACGAUUGCGGCAAGGGUCGUGAUUAUCAACUGCUACAUCACGCCGAGGAUAGCCUAUCAGGCACAGGUGUACCCCCCGAUAGAGGAGAUCUGGAAGAAGCUUAUGAAGCUGAUUCACAACUUUCUAACGGGCAACAAUGCAUCUGCGGAGAAAGGCUUUGUGCUGUGGAAUUGGGGGCUGCUUACCACACCGAAAGCUGGCGGAGGCCUCGGAGUUUUAGACCCAGAGAUUCUGCUUGCCUGCGUUGCUGCGAGGAGAAUUGGCUGCUUGCUGCUGGAGGAGAAUGGGAAAAAGAAAGAGAUUAUGCUCAAGGCGGCGGGAUUACCGCUCGGGGAGGACACGUUUCUGGCUCAUGAAUGGCUGUUGAAGCACUGGCUGGGAGAUAACGAGCGGUGGCUGCGGAUGUGCGAGACCUUCAUGAACUCUCCGAUUGCAGACACUGGGAAGUCCAGUAGCAGAGAGGAUGUGGCGCAGAAGAGGGUGGUUUUCAACCGUAAGCUGCUGUUGAAUGGCACAAACCCGGUGGGGGGGCAGAAGGAAGCUAAGGGUCUCUGGGAGACGAGGCUGAGGGACCUGGUAACCGCACGGCAGGAUGGUGCGGCGGAGAUUAAAAACAUCGUCACGCUAGAGCGGGAGCUGCGCAGCAGGGACUCAGCCCGAUUAGCCCUCAAAGCACUAGAUGCAGUGCCACAGGAGUGGAAAGCUGUGCUUGCCCCGGAUGCCAGAGGAGAGGGCGUAGUGUCUGGAGUGCAAAACUCGUCAGACAUCAGCGGAGGAAGGAAACAUGCAGCGGCAACAAUUUUCCGUUCGGCGGUUUUCACUAAUGGGCAGUUGUCAUCCCUGAAGCAGUUGCGGGAAUCGUGGGCCAAACCAGAUGCGGUCCUUACGAAGCAGGAGAAGUGGUCCGGCAAGUGGAGCGGCAAGAUAGAUUGGGAGUGGGUCAUCCGUACCAGGAACUCGCUUGUCAUCCCGAACCGACCGCGUGAUGUCCUCACGCGCAUACACAACCACAACCUUCAGGUUGGGGAGAGGGUGGAUUUUCUCAGCAGCAAGCCGAAGUGCCCAUACUGUGGGGAGAUUGAGACACAAGACCACUGCCUUUUCAACUGCCCGAUGAUUGAGCCAGUGGUCUCUGGCCUUCGGCGUGCUUUGCGCAUGCUCAACCCCACAAGGACACCUGCCUCGCUCGGGGAUCUACUGUUCCAGGAAACUGGUACCACGUCAGAUUUUCCUGAAGCCACACUAACGGCCAUCACCUUCCACCAGCUAUGGGGGUUGCAAGGGGCAGGGUGGGAUGUCAUGGGGCAGAGGGGGGCUGCAAGGGGCAGGGUGGGAUGUCAUGAGGCAGAGGGAGGUUGCAAGGGGCAGAGUGGGACAACAUGGGGCAGAGGGGGGUUGCAAGGGGCAGAGUGGGACAACAUGGGACAGAGGGGGGUAUCAAGGGGCAGAGUUGGAUGUCAUGGGGCAGAGGGGGGUUGCAAGGGGCAGGGUGGGAUGUCAUGGGGCAGAGGGGGGUUGCAAGGGGCAGAGUGGGACAACAUGGGACAGAGGGGGGUAGCCCGGGGUAGGGUGGGAUGUCAUGGGGCAGAGGGGGGUUGCAAGGGGCAGGGUGGGAUGUCAUGGGGCAGAGGGGGGUUGCAAGGGGCAGGGUGGGAUGUCAUGGGGCAGAGGGGGGUUGCACGGGGCAAGGUGGGAUGUCAUGGGGCAGAGGGGGGUUGCAAGGAGCAGAGUGGGACAACAUGGGACAAAGGGGGGUAG